AGAGAAGAAAGGGAAGAGAAAACCGGACGGCCGCUCGCUCACUCGCACGUCACACACUACAAGAAGCAAAGAAGCAAGAAGAAGCAGCAAUUUUAGCGAGAAGAAGAAGAAGAAGAAGAAGAAGAAGCAAGAGUCGUGCUUGAUUGAAGUUAAAAAAAAAAAAAGAAGAAAAAGUACGGGGGUUUCUCUGGUUGGUUGGUAAUGCUGAAUUACUUACGCAGUUGUUUGUUAUGUGUCUUUCUUUUUCGAUGUUUAACGAUGGGUUAUGUGGGUCUGAUGACUCUGAUCUGAAGGUGUUCCUUCUCUUCCUUCCUCCUUUCCUUUCCUUUCCUUUCCUUUCCUUUCCUUUCCUGUAUAAUAUAUUAUUAUUAUUAUUAUUAUUAUUAUUAUUAUGUAUAGAGAAAUUGGAUGUGUAUAUAUAUACACAUAAAGAAAGGGUCUCACUCUCGGUCCACUUUUUUGUUUUGUUUUUGUUUUUGGAUUGGAUGGGGCUUUUCUUGUUUUUCUAUUAUCACAAUUUUCUCUCAUUUGCUUGCAAUCAAGUUCAACCCUCCCUCCCCGCAUUUUAAUUUAUCCUCUUCUCUCAAUUCUCAUCUCAUCUCAUCUCUUCUUUCCUCUCCCUUCUUCAUAGCUUUGAGUUGAGUCAUAUGAGUGUGUAGAUUAGAAGAAGAACAAAGCAAAAAGAAAGAGAAACUGCACUGCACAAAAGAAAACUGAUCACUGUUUAUUCGUUUCAUCUCUCUCUCUCUCUCUCUCUCUCUCCAUCUCUUCAUGCAUUUCUUUCUUUCCCUUCAACUCUUCCUUCCUUCCGGCUCAUCUUAGUAUUCCUCUAUAUAGGUAGAGAGAGAUUGAUAUAUAUAUAUAUAUAUAUAUAUGAUAUAUAUUGUUAUUUAUAUAUAACAGUUAAAUAGUAACCUUCAGUCCAGUCCAGUCCAGUCCAGAUCCCCAAGCGUAGCCAUUCCCGGCCCCAUCUUCCCCUGCUUUUCCUAAUUCAUUUGUUCUCUCUGUCUCUGUAUUAUCCCAUUCCCCUCCUCCCCAGCCCCCGCUUCCUUCCUCUCUAUGUCUGCAAUAUGGAGAUGGAAGAAGCUGAAAAGCUUCGCUGCCCCGAGCUGCCGGCAGUUAUCAUCGGGCCACGGACACGGGCGGCAGCAGCAGCAGCUCCACCGGUAUAUGCAGGUCUCUGCCAUCUCAACCCACCUGAAUUACCUCCACAUGGCGUCCCCCCGUCGCCGGGAAUCCCUUGUCGGGGUCCAGGAGCGUUAUAAGUGGGACCACGGUGGCUCCGAUGAUAUUCACCACCACCGCAAGAUUAGGGCUGAGGCCAACUGCCCUCGCUGCUCCAAAUCCAUGGAUCUCCUCUUCUCCCAUCGUCACUUCCCUCCGCAUCUCGAUCCCACCACCGCCAAGACCAACCUCCCCAAGGCCGCCGCAUCCGGCGGCUACCAGGCUAUCAAUCUCUGCCCCAAUUGCAAGACUGCCUAUUACUUCCACCCCUUCCGUACUGCUCCUCUUCAGGGCAGCUUUGUCGAGAUUGGGAGGGUCGUUAGCCCCAAGGAUGAUAAUAAGAAGAGUAAGGUCAGUGGCACGGCCACCCACAAGAAUUCUCCUAAUAAUGGCUCUUCUCCUUGUCCUCCUCCUUCUGCUGCUGCUGCUGCUGGAGAAGGUGAUGACAACAGUAACUACCGUGAUUAUGUCAAUAAUAGGUUGAGAGUGUCCUUCUGGGAGACUCUCCGGUCCUAUGGCAGCGGGGACCCACCUGAGCACUGGCCCCCCCCUGCUGGUCCGCCUUCUGGAAAUGGGCUGGCCGUGCACACCCCGCCUGGUCCGCCAUUUGCCCCGGGGGUCAAUGUGAUCAGGGCUGCAGGAGGACCUGGUGGGGGCGGCUCCCCUGGUGGCAAUGGAGGUGCCGGAGGUAAUGGUGGGGAUAAAAAUGGAUGGGGCGGGGCUAACUUGGGCAAGGAUUUUCCUACGCCGAAGGAGAUUUGCAAGGGCCUCGAUAACUUCGUCAUCGGCCAAGAAAGAGCUAAAAAGGUACUCUCUGUGGCUGUUUAUAAUCACUAUAAACGAAUAUACCAUGCCUCGUUGCAGAAAGGGUCAGGAGCAGAAUCAGGAGCUGCCGGAUCAAUAGAUGAUGAUGACAAUGUGGAGCUAGAGAAAAGCAAUGUUCUUUUGAUGGGACCCACUGGCUCAGGGAAGACAUUACUGGCAAAAACACUCGCUCGCUUUGUGAAUGUGCCUUUUGUGAUUGCUGAUGCCACAAGUUUGACUCAGGCUGGUUAUGUUGGGGAAGAUGUGGAAUCAAUAUUGUACAAACUUCUCACAGUAGCUGAAUUUAAUGUACAAGCAGCUCAACAGGGGAUGGUAUACAUUGAUGAAGUUGAUAAAAUUACAAAGAAGGCUGAGAGUUUAAAUAUCAGCAGAGAUGUUUCCGGUGAGGGGGUUCAACAGGCUUUACUUAAAAUGCUGGAAGGAACUAUAGUGAAUGUUCCUGAGAAAGGAGCAAGAAAGCAUCCUCGAGGUGAUAACAUACAGAUAGAUACAAAAGAUAUUCUUUUUAUAUGUGGUGGAGCAUUUGUUGAUCUUGAAAAGACCAUCUCGGAGAGGCGACAAGAUUCUUCAAUUGGUUUUGGAGCACCUGUUCGCGCUAACAUGAGAGCUGGUGGAGUAAUAAAUGCUGCAAUCACCUCAUCAUUACUUGAAUCGGUGGAAAGUUCUGAUCUCAUAGCAUACGGUCUCAUACCAGAGUUCAUUGGACGCUUUCCAAUUCUUGUCAGUUUAUCAGCUCUAACAGAGGAUCAACUUGUUCAGGUCCUCACAGAACCAAAAAAUGCUCUGGGGAAGCAGUACAAGAAGUUGUUUAGCAUGAACAAUGUUAAGCUACAUUACACGGAGAAAGCAUUGAGACUAAUUGCAAAGAAAGCUAUGGCAAAGAAUACUGGAGCGAGGGGUCUUAGGGCCUUACUAGAAAGCAUUCUGACGGAAGCCAUGUUUGAGAUCCCGGACAUAAAGACAGGAAAUGAAAGGGUGGACGCUGUUGUAGUGGAUGAAGAAUCUGUGGGCUCGGUAGAUGCUCCUGGUUGUGGAGGAAAAGUCCUUCGUGGUGAUGGUGCUUUUGUGCGUUACCUUGCCGAGUCCAAGUUUAAAAAUUCAUUGGCAGCAGCAAGUCUGGAUGCGAAUGAUGGGGAGCUGCAGGAGAGCGACCAGGGCAUUGCGUCGAGGGCCAUGAGCAUGUGAUAACCCUAAGAUUAGUGCAAUUGGUGUAUAAUUUUUUUUUUUGGGAAGAUCAAAACCAUAAUUCGGUGUAAUUAUUCCCCUUAAAGGUGAAAAAGAAAAAAAAAAUUUAGACUUUGUUGCUGAAAAAUAAAUCUGAGAGGAAAAUGGGAGCGAUGUGAGAAGGAAUAUGGUGUUGGCAUUUUCUAGCGAAAACAUUGCAAGCUGCAGUUUCAAGGGGAUUAAUUGACACAGAUCUAAAUUCGAAUGCCAUUGGAGGGUAGCUUUUUUUCUUA